UCCAGCAGACGAACCAGACGUUACAUAACCAGAGGUCCGCCAUGGCUCCGAGAAUAUCACGUUGGACUCCAGGCAUCAUAGUGGUGCUCAUCCUGCUGAAUGCCAGUUGUUUACUGACACAAGCUCAGCAGGAUCCGUGUGUCUUCUCAAACCACUACCGGCUCCAGGACGAGGAGAGAAAUUAUAACACCACGGCGCGUUCGUCAGGGACGGUAAUCUGUGACCGUGGCAGGGCCAACGCAUGGUACAGGUUCUUAGGAAAUGCUGGGGAGCGUAUGGCAGACGAGUCCUUCAAGUCAUUUCCGGCACGCUCCUGCUCAACUGAAUCGCCCAUAUUUUUGGAGGGAAAGCAUCCCACCGCCGCCACCAUGUCACCGGGACAGGUAGUCACGAAGCAUGCCGCGUUCAAGUAUUUCGGUGUGACGUACUACCACCCACUGUCCACUUUAAGUGUAGAAAUUAAGAACUGCGUUGACAACGGGCAUCAGUAUUUCAUCUAUAAACUUCCAGUUGUACCAACUUGUAACAUGGCAUACUGUGGAGAAGGCCAAGGACCGAUUCCUUGUAAAGUGGAUGAAAUACCUUUCGCAGUGAAUGGACAACGGAUAUGUGUUGGAGAUCACCCUGAUUUCAAGACGGUCAGCAUCUCGGCACCCGUCGUCGAUGGCGCAGAUUUUUUCUUUCACUGUGAAAUUGAUUGGAAACCAAUCCCUGGCCUAGAGACCAAUGCUAAAUUUGAGAUGGAAUUUAUGGCCAAUGGGAAGGUCAUUCACACGAUGCCUGUGGACCACACCACCAACUUCACAGGAAAGAUGCACCACAGACACCUAAUUGGUCAUCUACAGAAAGACAUCAGCUGCCGGGCGAAGAGCUAUUGGGCCAGUAACCAGCACCUGGGCAUGACGUCAUUUGUCAACUCUAAAAACGACUACUUUGCUGGGGUUAAGAUCUUUAAGAAGGGGACGACAACUGAAGUGACCACAGUCACAUUGGACAAGGCAAAACUGAAACCAUUCGAAAUCGAGCUGGCUUCAACCAUCCCUAUAACCAAGUCCUUUAACGGGAACCACCAAGGUGAAAUGCAUAUGACAGUUUCCACCAACGAGAAGACGCUGAUGCUGCACCAUCGUUGUACAACUGCGUUCCACGAGACGGACUGGAGUGCCCGCCAUAAGAACCACGUGGUGGCCAAACCUCCCCUGGUGAUUUACCCUGUGUAUGACGGUAAGACCAGACUGCUGCCCUCCGCCUGGCCCCCCAGGGAGCUGAGCUUUGACAAGUUGAUGUUCAGGCUCCCCUUUAAUCCUGCCAUACCCGUCAGUGUGUGGGACGGGUUCCAUGUCAAGUCUUUGAAGGUCAACAUAAAAGACUCCAGCACAAGUGAGUGCAGCUCAGUCAACGACCCUCAUAUAAGAUCCUUCGACCGCAGGUAG